UUGAUUGUAUCUAUGAAGACAUAAAUUUGCAUAAAAAUCCGCAGUUUAAUGAUGAAAUUAUGCUAAAUACUUUAAUGAAUCAACAGAGCCUAACACAAAUCAUUUGGAAGAUCGAGUAAUAAGGAUUAAUAGGUGCAAUAAAAUAGCAAUCUGAGAUAACGCUCUUUUAUAUCGGGUGGUCCAUGCAAACGGCAUUGGAACACGUCAGAUGCCAUCAUGACAUUUUUUUCGACUGCCAAUUGGUUUCCCGUUAGAUGUUGACUCACUUGCCGUGUGUUUGAACGAAACCGAGCAUCUUUUGAGCAGCUUCCUCAAACAAAAGACGUUUCCCUGUUAUUUUUCUAUGACCUAGCCAGUCUGAUCAGUUUGUUCUCUUUCUUUCUUUGCAGGUAUUUACAGAUGAACAGUUUCUUGAUAGAUUUUCACAUUACAUGAAAAUUGUUGAUGAUCGUUAAAUUAAAGGUUAGCAGGUGAUUAUUAUUGGGUAAUGGAUCUUCUUUACCCACGAAACUGUUCUCCCCGCGUCUUCGACAUCAGCUGAGAUUUUUACUCGUCAUCGAGUAACGGUAUGGCCGAAGGUAGCCAAGAUUCUACGUUAUUUCCACUGUUAAUCAUCGCUCUCCAUAGCCGUCCAGCUGCUCUGCUUCAUCAUCUACCUAUAGAAUCCUCCGAAGGAAUCAAACUUGGAUUUCCAUAAAUCAAAUUGAAUUUCUAAAUUCUUCGGUUUAUUUUGCAUGACACCGCUGAUUAAAUUUUUGUAAAAUAGGAUUAUGCGAUGAUAAUUCUUUGAAUAUUUCAGUUCCAUCGUUUAAAAACAGAUACUUGUACCCGUAUGCAAAGCCAUUUGCCACCUGUCACUUGUUUAAUCAUUCCCAGGACACUACUAGAAAUUCCUCGACGAAUUCAUAUUCGUAUAGAUUUCUCCUUGGCUAAUGUAUAAUGAAGCAGUAAGUUGCGAUCAUCGACCGUAAUGUUACUCUACGAUUUACGUAACGUCGCGUACAAGCUUUUUUUUAGAGCCAGAUAACUAUCUUGUAUUCGAGUUAACUGUUCAUUUGCAUAUCCCGUUUCUGCAACAGUUGUAUCAAACUGGCCGCCAUAUAUUUUUCUUUUUUAUCCGUGUUUCCUCUAGGUAUAAAAGUUUCUGGUUAUACUUAGUGAAAAGCGUCGACAUAUCUCAGGUUCAGUAGAGUAUAAUCCUAGUCCCGUGUGGAAGGUGAUACUUAAUUAAUACAUGUUCGACGGCUCGGUGAUUUUCACCGUCAACCACUGAACUACAUGCAAAUUCACUUUUCAAUCCACUGGGCAUUAGGCUUUCGUGAUGAAAAGCGAUAGUUGUGUGCCAGCAGAGCGACCACGUUAAAUGGAUUAUCUAUCAUGAGCGUGUCGUUAUGAGAUAAUUCAGAAAGAUCCAGGAUGAUCCCAUCGGAUUGUACUCUUGAUAUCUCCAAUGUGUUUCAUUCCACUGCUGUGGUCAUUGAAGGAAGCUGUUUGAGCAAGUCGGAACCUACUGCUGUAUUGAGAGAUGUGUCCGCCCGAGUUCACGGUGGCGAGGUGUUAGCGAUUUUGGGCUCCAAGGGAUCUGGAAAAAGAGCUUUGCUCGAUGUCAUCGCUGGAAGGGCGGAGGGAGAAACUAGGGGUAGAGUCAGCCUAAAUAACAAUUUAUUAACUCCAGAAUUGUUUAGACGACAUGGUGGAUAUGUUGCACACAGGUGUCAUCUAUUACCUAGUCUAACAGUUCGACAGACACUGACCUAUGCCACAUGGCUUGCAAAUUUAAACAACAGGGAAGCCAGAGUUCGACAAACUCUAGCUGAUCUGGCUUUAUCUCAAGUUGCAAAUAGAUCGGUAAAUGAUCUGACGAAGCCAGAAUACAGAAGAUUAAUGUUGGGCGUACAAUUGGCUAAAGAUCCUACGUUGUUACUUCUGGACGAGCCCACAUGGGAUACUGAUCCCUUAAACACGUAUUUAAUCGUGUCUAUGCUCUGGUCUUACGCAACCAGAAGAGGAUCCAUCGUUGUCCUAACGAUGGAAACUCCUAGAUCGGAUGUACUACCUUUCGUGAGUCGUGUGACUCUCUUAUGUUUGGGGGCAGUUGUCUAUUCAGGGCCAACUAGAAGUAUGUUGGACUAUUUCACUUAUAUCGGUUUCCCAUGUCCUGAACUCGAAAAUCCGUUGAUGUAUUACUUGUGUUUAUCAACUGUCGAUCGUCGCUCGAGAGAUCGUUUCUUAGAAUCUAACCAGCAGAUAUCUGUCCUGGUUGAAAAGUUCAAAGCCGAGGGUGUUAUUUACAUGAAAGAGGCGCCCCAAGUGCCACCCAAUAUUAAAGAUACAUCUUUAGGAAUAAUGCAUAAAGGUUUGGGACGUGGAAUUAAACCAGGAUGUUUCUCCACUUUGUUUGCCCUUUAUUUAAGAAGUCUGGCAACGACAUUUGCCUUCAAUAAAUCUGGCUUAGGGCACUUUGCUGCCAGACUACUAUUGUUACCAUUCUCAAUAGCUUUAAUGAGUAUUUUGUAUUCGCAUUCGACUCCUGUGCAAUCCAGAAUAUUUCUACAAACAAGUGGUCUUGUCUUCAAUGUAGUAACUCUGUUCUAUGUUGCCGGAAUAGCGUGCACAGCUCUCCUCUUUCCAGGAUAUAGGGCUAGAUACUAUCAAGAAAAAAGAGAAGGUCUAUAUGGUGGAGCUAUGUUCUUGACCGCAUAUGCAUUACUGAGCUUGCCAUUAAGUUUUGUGUCUACCAUGAUCACCAUUGGUAUCCUGACACCCAUUUUAGAGCUAGAUUUGUCUACCUGGGCCUAUGCCUGUGGUGUUUUAUGGGCCAGUUAUGUGGCAGCAGAACAAAUAACUGUUGCAGUGUUUAUGGUGGUUGGUAGGCCCAUUACAGGUGCAAUAAUGGUGUUAUACAUGACACUGGUGUCUCUGGUAAUUGCAUCUGGAGCCAUCAGAAGUCUGAAAGGCCUGCCUUAUUGGCUUGCUGCAGUCUCCACUGCAUUACCUGCUAGGUACGCAUCAUUGGCUCUAAAUCAAUUAGCCAUUGAUGUGCCUACAUUUUCAAAUUUGCAUUAUAAUGAAAGCUUCACGUGUCCUGGGAUACCAGAGUUAUGCAGAUAUCCAGAUGGGAGAUCGUAUUUAAUAGAACGCUUCACUCGUGAAGGCGAAAAUAUUUCAGAAGUAUUGAAUGUUGACUUAAACUUAUUAAUUUCUCUGGCUUUUGCUGUUGGACUGAGUAUAUUAAACAGUGUUCUGUAUUUAUUACCACUUCCAGCAAAAGUAAAAGCCAAAUUUAGAGAGUAAUUUCUUUAAUUGUAGGUCUUAGACUGAUAGAAAUUAAAAGCAGAGCUUGUUCUCUUUUUGGAAUUUAUUAUUUCCUUAGCCUUAGAAUAUAUAUUACAAAAUUACAUUACCUGUGUUGAAAACUAAAACUACUAUAUUGCAUGAAACAGUGCACUUAUAUUACAUUUAUAACUAAACUUUACAGUUCUUAGAGAUAAAGGCAUGACUUUGUAAUUUUACAAUUAGAAAAUAAGAAUUUUAAGUAUUA